AUGAGUAACUUUACCGACAAUCCUUUCGCACUCGACAAGUUACGCAACACUCUCAUUCGACUCGAAGAUACAAUCAUUUUUGCAUUGAUCGAACGAGCUCAAUUCGCAUUCAACAAGGCUAUCUACACACCGGGUGCGAUUGAAUUCAAUAGUGCAACUGAUGGACGUAGUUUCCUCGAAUACUUUUUAUGGGAGACCGAGAAAGUGCAUGCCAAGGUCCGCAGAUACACAAGCCCUGAUGAAUAUGCGUUCACAUCACCUUUACCAGCACCCAUCCUUCCCCCCUUGGAAUUCCCCAACUUUUUGUACCCCAACGACAUCAAUGUCACCAGCAAGAUCAUGGACAUGUACAUCAGCUCUAUUGUGCCUUCAAUCAGUGCCGAGGGUGAUGAUCAGCAAUAUGGUAGUUCGGCAACGAGAGAUAUCGAGUGCUUGCAGGCAUUGAGUCGGCGUAUCCAUUAUGGCAAAUUCAUUGCAGAGAGCAAGUUUAGAGAUGAUCCAGAGGAAUACACUCGAUUAGCCCUUGCCAAUGAUCGUGAAGGCAUCAACGAAUUGCUCACAAACCGUGCAGUCGAGAAGAAGUUAUUGGAACGGCUACGACAUAAGGCUCUGGUGUAUGGUCAAACAUUGGAUCAGGAACAAGAGGGUACAAGUACACAUUUACGUGUUCCCGUGGAAACAGUGGUCGAAUUGUACGAGCGAUGGGUCAUCCCCCUUACCAAGGAAGUCGAAGUGGAUUACCUUAUUGUGCGUGGCCUUGCAUACAAGAAAGAUCAACAAUAA